CCGCCGGAGGGAAUUGCGUACGGGACCGAGCCCUCACAAGAUGGCGGAUUUGUAUUAGGAAGCAGGUGGAGUGGAAUUGAUUGAAACUUGGGUGACUGGUCGGUGAAGGAGUCGUCAGCAGGGUCGAGCAAGAUGUCGAUGUCACAUCUGUAUGGGAAAGACAGUAUUGAUGAUGAUGAUGUGGAGGUGGAGCGGUUUGAGAUUUCAGACUGGGACUUGGAAAAUGAAUUCAAUCCGGACCGUGUCCGCCACCGACAAACAAAGGAAGAUGCAAUCUAUGGCAUGUGGGCUGAGAAUGACUCUGAUGAUGAAAGACCAAGUUUCGGAGGGAAGCGAUCCAAAGAUUACACGGCUCCAGUGAACUUCAUCAGCGCUGGACUCCGUCGAACAGCAGCUGAAGAAAAUGAAGAGAAGGACUCCGAUGAAUCUGAUGAAGAGAAAGUUAAGCGAGAAGAAUUUCCAAAAGAGUUUGCACCAAAGAAACUGAAAACUGGUGGUUUUUUCAAAUCUCAUUCAAAAGGAUUCACCGGAGGACAUCGAACUAAUCAGGAAAUUGGCACCUGGGAAAAACACACUAGAGGGAUUGGACAGAAACUGCUGCAGAAGAUGGGUUAUGUGCCUGGGAAAGGUCUUGGAAAGAAUGCUCAAGGCAUUGUGGCGCCAAUUGAGGCAAAGAUGAGGAAGGGGAAAGGAGCAAUUGGUGCUUAUGGAUCUGAACGAACAGAACAAUCACUGAAAGACUUUCCUAUUGUCGACUCUGAUGAGGACGCUGAUGAGGAGUUCCAGAAGGAAAUGAGCCAAUGGCGGAAAGAUCCUUCUGGUGGGAAGAAGAAACCCAAGUACAACUACAAGACUGUGGAGGAGCUAAAGGCAAAGGGAGCAUCAAGCUUGGGUAGGAAAAUGGCUACACCACAGACUGAACUCUCUCAGGUUAAGGUUAUAGACAUGACGGGAAAGGAGCAGAAAGUUUAUUACAGUUACAGUCAGAUAAAUCAGAAGCAUGAUAUUCCUGACGAUGCACAGUCUCCGGGCAAAGAUGCCAAGACAGAGGGCUUUUCACUUCCGGAGCUAGAGCACAACCUGGAGCUGCUGAUUGAAAUGACUGAGCAGGAAAUCAUCCAGAAUGACCGUCAGCUCCAGUACGAGAGGGACAUGGUGGUCAACAUCUCCCAUGAGAACGAGAAGCUCACUGAAAUCCUUGCGCAUGAGGGGAAGAUCAUAGACAAGCUCAGCCACAUCUUGCAGAUUGUGGAAGAUUGCGAGAAGAGACUGCAGCCCAACUGUGAAAAUCCACUGACGCUGGAAGAAUGUGCAAAAAUUUUUGAACUGUUGCAGGAGAAAUAUUUUGAAGAAUAUAAGAUGUUUGACCUGGCAGAACUCUCCAUUGCCAUUGUAUUUCCACUGCUGGGAGAAUACUUUAAGUCCUGGAAUCCUUUGCAGGAUAACAAAUAUGGUUUAGAUGUCAUGUCUAAGUGGAGGAAACUUCUUGAACGAGACCAGCUGCAACAUGGAGGUUGUGAUAUGCUGUCAAUGGACCCAUACCACAGGUUAAUGUGGGAAGUAUGGAUGCCUUCUGCACGCAACGUUGUAUCGCAGUGGUUGCCCCGGAACUGUGCCCCCAUGGUUGAUUUCCUGGAAAACUGGAUGCCUGUGAUUCCUCUUUGGAUUUUGGACAAUAUUCUAGAACAGUUUGUUUUUCCUAAAUUACAGCGUGAGGUUGAAAACUGGAACCCAUUAACAGACACAGUCCCCAUCCAUGCAUGGAUUCACCCGUGGCUGCCACUAAUGCAGAUGCGCCUUGAACCACUGUAUUCGCCGAUCCGCAAUAAGCUUUCCAAUGCUUUGCAGAAGUGGCAUCCCAGUGACUCGUCUGCAAAGCUGAUCCUGUUGCCUUGGAAAGAUGUGUUUACACCAGGAUCCUGGGAAGCUUUCAUGGUUAAAAAUAUUGUUCCAAAACUGGGAAUGUGUUUGAAUGAGUUUGUAAUCAACCCUCACCAGCAGCAUAUGGAUGCCUUCCACUGGGUGAUGGACUGGGAAGACAUGAUCUCACCAUCCAGCCUCAUAGGAUUGCUCGAGAAGAAUUUUUUUGGGAAGUGGCUACAGGUGUUAUGCUCGUGGCUCAGUAAUAGCCCUAACUAUGAAGAGAUCACUAAGUGGUACCUGGGCUGGAAGUCCAUGUUCUCCGACCAAGUGUUGGCCCACCCGACGAUCAAGGAGAAGUUUAAUGAGGCACUGGACAUUAUGAACCGGGCUGUCACCUCCACUGUUGGUGGCUACAUGCAGCCAGGAGCUCGAGAAAACAUUGCCUACCUCACCCAUACAGAGCGGCGGAGGGACUUCCAGUACGAGGCAAUGCAGGAGCGCCGCGAGGCUGAGAAUAUGGCACACCGUGGCAUUGGAGUUACAUCUACCUCCAUACCAAUGAACUUCAAGGACCUGAUCCAGGCCAAGGCUGAAGAGCACAAUAUAGUCUUUAUGCCUUUAAUGGGCAAACGUCAUGAGGGGAAACAGCUCUACACCUUUGGGCGCAUUGUCAUCUACAUUGACAGAGGAGUUGUGUUUGUACAGGGAGAGAAAACUUGGGUGCCAACGUCACUUCAGAGCCUCAUUGAUAUGGCUAAGUAAUACAAAUAGGAGAUGAGGAAGAUCUGCUGUUCUCUUUUUCACUCUAUUUUGUUCUGUUCACUUACUCCCUGACUGCAGAUUUUCAGCAAUUUAGGGAAUGGUGUGACAGGAAAAGAGACUCUCACAGUAUGGAAAGAUCUUCACUCCACAUGAUCCUUUGGCUGUUCCUCAUAGAAAUUAAUACUGACUCCUGCAACUGGUUCUUUAUUAUUUGUGGCAUUUCUUCAAGUGUGAAAUACCUUGUUUAUUUUAAUAUCUUUUUAUUUAUGAACAACAAGCCCGGUAUUCUAAUGUCAAAAUGGUAUUGAUUUCUAAGUUUUAACCUCAGUAAAGCUUUCAGAGUGGGAGCUGCAAAGGUCAUUAAAUGAGUCAGUUCAUGACGAAACAAUGGAUUGAACAAUUUCACUGAUAGUGUGGCACAUCUCCUAACAUCAGGAACCAUGCUGACUGCAACACUAUUUUCUCUACAUAUUCCAGGAUAUUUAUUCUCUCUGAUAUUUACACUGGUGACAAAAAAUAAGUUCAAAACAUAGAACAGUACAAUGCAGGAGCAAAUUCAUUGGCCAACACUGUCUGUGCUGAUCACUAUGCCAAAUUAGCUACUCGUUAUAUAAUAACUAGCCAGACAUCUCCCUUAAACUUACCCCUUCUCAUUUUAAAGCUAUGCCCCUGACACUUUUACCCUAGGAAAGAGACUGUAUACACAAUCUGUGCCUCAUAAUCUCAUAAGCUUCUAUCAGAUCUGCCCUCAGCUUCCAGCACUGCAGGAAAACAAACCAUGCCUACCAAAUCUCUCCUACUAGCUAAUGCUCUCUGAUCGAGACAGCAUCCCGGACAUCAUCAGUGGCAUGCUCUCCAAAUCCUCCACAGCCUUCCUGUAAUAGGGUGACCAGACUACAGUACUUAGAGCAGCAUGGUAGCAUAGUGGUUAGCAAGUUGCUUUACAGGGCGAAUGACCCGGGUUCAAUUCCCACCGCUGUCUGUAAGGAGUUUGUACAUUCUCCCUGUGACCAUGUGGGUUUCCUCCGGGUGCUCCCACAGUCUAAAGACAUACCAGUUGGCCAUUGUAAAUAGUCUCGUGAUUAGAUUGGGGUGCUGAGCAUUGAGGCUUGAAGGGCUGGAAGGCUCUGUUCUGUGCUGUAUCUCAGUAAAUAAAUAAGAGUGUAGUCUGAUUAAAGUUUUAUACAGUAACAACAUGACUUCCUGACUUAUAUUUAAUGCUCUGACUGUUGAAGGCAAGCAUGCCAUAUGUCUUUCUUUAACGCCAUGUCUACAUGCAGAGAGCUGUGGACUUGGAUCCCAAGAUCCCUAUGUACAUCAAUGCUCUUAAAGGUCCUGCCAUUUACUGUACAUUCCCCUUACAUUUGACCUGCCAGAGUGCAACAAGUCUCACGCCUGAAUUAAACUCUGCCUGCCAUUUCUGCAUCCUUAUUGGCAACUGAUCUAUAUUCUGCUAUAUCUUUUCAAGACCUUCUUAACUAUCCACAAUUUCACCAUGUUUUGUGCCAUCUGCAGAUUUACAAAUCAGCUUGAGUUCCUCCAGCAUUUUGUGUGUGUAGUCCAUCUACAAGUUUGUCCAACACUUGUUGAUUUUGCUUGUGUUUCAGUGUCACAGGCAGAGAAAACUAACUUUAUUCUCAGAGACACCAAUUUUUAAUGAACUGUACCACUAAUGUGAGGGAUGAAGGCUGCAGUUGAUUGGGGUCAUACCUUUAAGCAUGCCUUCCCCUUCUAGCAACUUGGUUCAGUAGAUGAGCAAUGCCUGAAAUCUGAUAUUAUCAGAAUAAUUAUUGGUAUACCUUUUUGAAUAAAUGAUCUGUAUAAGAAAUCCUCUUAAACCUUGUGUGUCAUUUGUCACAGAUUUUUCAUUAACAAAAUGGGAACAAAUCGCACCCACACAUCUAUGGAGAAAGCUGAAUGGGCCAAAUGGCCUAAUUCUGCCUGAAUAUUUUAUGAGCUCAGAGAAAAUAGUAUCGCUACCUUUUUUUUAGCCUUGGUAAUGGUGGUAUCUGCAGUACUUUAAGUAAGGAAUCAAAGAUGUUCAACUUAAAACUUUUCAUUAGUAAUUGUAAUUAGUUCAUAAUAAAUUUUAAGA